AUGGAUGGUAUUCAUGGGAGUGAUUCUCGUAUGCACAUGAGUGAUGCACAACAUUCGAUGCAUGUGCCCUAUGUGCCAGAAAACGAACAACAUGGAUUGGACCAUAUGAGUGAUGGAAAUAGGAUGGAGGACAAUAACAACUGUGGUGAUGCUAAUGUCAGCAGACAUGAGAGUGUAGAAGGAGAAGUUUCCAACCCUGGAAAUGUCACUGAUGAUCAUGGUGCGAUAAUUGAACAAGCUAGUGGUGACCAGCUCACAUUGUCUUUUCAAGGCCAGGUUUAUGUAUUUGACUGUGUGUCGCCGGAAAAG